AUGGCGGCCCGGAGAACUCUCAGAAUCGGCCUCAUUCCCGGCGAUGGCAUUGGCAAAGAGGUGAUCCCCGCGGGUCGCCGCAUCCUCGAGGCCUUGCCCGCGUCGCUGGGCCUUAAGUUCGAGUUCAUUGAUCUCAAGGCCGGCUGGGAGACCUUCCAGCAAACGGGCGUUGCCCUACCCGAGGAGACGGUCUCCGUACUCAAGUCCGACUGCGACGGCGCCCUCUUUGGUGCUGUCAGCUCACCAACCAGCGCUGUCAAGGGCUACUCGUCGCCCAUUGUGGCUCUGCGCAAGAAACUCGACCUGUACGCCAAUGUGCGGCCCGUCAAGACGGUCGUGUCCGCGCCGAAGCCCAUCGACAUGGUGAUUGUGCGCGAGAACACCGAGGACCUGUACGUCAAAGAGGAGAAGACCUUCGAUACGCCCAAUGGCAAGGUCGCCGAGGCCGUCAAGCGCAUUUCGCAGCGCGCCAGCAGCCGCAUUGCGACCAUGGCCGGCGAGAUCGCCCUGCGCCGCCAAAAGAUCCGCGCGGCCGGCAGCCCCAGCAUUCACAAGGGCCCCCUCGUCACCAUCACCCACAAGUCCAACGUGCUGUCGCAGACUGAUGGCCUGUUCCGUUCGACUGCACGCGAGGCUCUGGCUGCGCCGCGGUUCAAGGACGCCGGUGUCGCUGUCGAGGAGCAGAUUGUUGACUCCAUGGUGUACAAGCUCUUCCGCCAGCCUGAGGCGUACGACGUGAUUGUUGCCCCCAACCUGUAUGGUGACAUCCUGUCUGACGGUGCUGCUGCGCUGGUCGGCUCUUUGGGCCUGGUUCCCAGCGCUAACGUUGGCGAGGGCUUUGCCAUUGGUGAGCCCUGCCACGGCAGCGCGCCUGACAUCCAGGGCAAGGGCAUUGCGAAUCCUAUUGCUACGCUGCGCAGCGCUGCGCUGAUGCUCGAGUUCCUCAAUGAGGAGGAGGCCGCUGCCAAGAUCUACGAGGCUGUUGAUGCUAACCUCACUGAGGGCAAGCUGCUCAGCCCGGAUCUGGGCGGCACUGCGACCACGGAGGAGGUUGUGCAGGAUAUCCUCAAGCGUUUGUAA